AUGUUCCGCUUCAGCAAAACCCUCGACCCGAUCACCCUCUUCCACAGCCCGAGCAUCCCCAGCUCCGCCCGGGCACUCAACAUCCUGAAACAAGCUUCCGCGGCCGCCGGCGAAACCGCAACGGAAGACCAAGCAUCGGACCACUCGUCACACGCGAAGCAGCAGCGCGGCGAGUUCAACCUGGAGGUGUCGACGGACUUCCCGACGACGGACCAACUGCGUAAUCUCCUGGACUACAUUAACCCGGUCAGCGGCGUUGGUGGCCAGGGCGAGAAGGCUACGUAUGGUGUUGCAGAGUUGAUUAAGGGGGCGAAGGACGCGGAGCAUGCGUUGAAGUUGUUCAAGGAGGAUCCCGAGCGGUUUACUCGGCCCGUGACGGUUGACUGGAUCAAUGGACGUGCUGUUAUCGGCGAUGGCGAGUCGGAGAUUCUGCGCAUGGUGCGCCAGUUGCCUUCCCACUAA